UAUGCAUGAAGCAUGGUGCCUCAUUAACCCAAGGACCUCACUAACCGGAAGCUGCAGUUUUCACCAGCAAUCCAUCACAUCCCUUUUGAUCUGGUUUUCUUUUUUAAAAAGUGAAAACAUCUCUUUCAAAUUAUUUUUUUUACACAUUUAAGCAAAUGGCUGACCAUGGCUUGGAUGAAAUACCUACAAAGUGCCCCCACUGUGCAUCUUCUCAGGCCGGGCUACUUUGCCUGUGUUCAGCAGGCAACCCUUCAGUUUUGGUGGUGGAAAUGUCACAGACAUCAAGUAUUGGUAGUAUAGAAAACUGUACUCCACAAGAGAGAAAAAAAGAAAGAAAUGUCAGCAGAGAAUCUUCUAUAAAGGAUUUGUCCACAAAAACUUCAAAUGUGGAGAGAAAAAGUUCUCAGCCACAGUGGAGUCGGAGCAAUGUCACAGAAGGAAAAAUCCCACAUAUAAGAAUGGAGAAUGGAACUGAUAUCGAGGAAUUCUAUACCUUCAGAAGAAUCCUGGGACAGGGGAGCUUUGGAAUGGUCAGUGAAGCUAUAGACAGAGAAACAGGAGCUAAGUGGGCAAUUAAGAAAGUGAAUAAAGAAAAGGCUGGAAGCUCAGCGAUGAAGUUACUUGAACGGGAGGUGAACAUCCUAAAGAUCGUCAAACAUAAACACAUCAUCCACCUGGAGCAAGUGUUCGAGACACCGCAGAAAAUGUACCUUGUGAUGGAGCUUUGUGAGGAUGGAGAACUCAAAGAAGUUCUGGAAAGAAAAGGGUACUUCUCGGAGAAUGAGACAAGGCUGAUAAUUCAAAGUCUUGCAUCAGCUAUUGCGUAUCUUCAUAACAAGGAUAUAGUGCACAGAGACCUAAAGCUGGAAAACAUAAUGGUUAAAAGCAGCUUUCUGGAUGACAACAACGAAAUGAACUUAAACAUAAAAGUGACUGAUUUUGGCUUGGCGGUGAAGAAGCAUGGCUCUAGGAGCGAAGCCAUGAUGCAGACCACGUGUGGCACUCCUAUAUAUAUGGCACCAGAGGUUAUCAAUGCCCAUGACUACAGCCAGCAGUGUGACAUUUGGAGCAUAGGUGUCAUAAUGUACAUUUUACUGUGUGGAGAGCCACCAUUUUUGGCAAAUUCAGAAGAAAAGCUCUUUGAAUUAAUAAGGAAGGGAGAGCUGCGAUUUGAAAAUCCAAUCUGGGAGUCCAUAAGUGAUUCUGCAAAAAGUGUUUUGAAACAGCUUUUGAAAGUAGAUCCUGCUCACAGAAUCACAGCUAAGGAACUUCUAGAUAACCAGUGGUUGACAGGCAAUGCACUUUCUUCAGUGAGACCAACCAAUGUAUUAGAAAUGAUGAAAGAAUGGAAAAAUAACCCGGAAAGCGACGAGGACACCAAGAAAGAUGAAACCAAUCAGCCCACUAAAGAAAAAUUGAAAAGCAACCAAACCACAGGAAAUGUCCUUAAUGUAAAUGAUGACAGUCCAUCAGCAAAGACAGAAAAACAGGUAGGCAGAACCACUGUGGCAGGGCUCCAGACUGCUCAAAAAAAGGAAAUCCUGUCGUAUAGAUCGUCCAUGCUCCCAGGGGCCCAGGCCACCACCGCUGGCACUGCUGCGGCUGCAUUUCAGAUUGCAGCCCUGGCACGGAAGAGUAAUCACACUGCAGAUGUCUGUGAGUCUGAAGAAAUGGAAGGUGACUGUGUUUGUGUCCAAGUGGAUGGCCCUCCCACCGAUACAGCCAAGAAGCCUGAUGUAGAUGGUGUUGACAUGAGCAGUUCAAACUCAAUGUCCAGCAAAGUCUUUUCUUCUGAACUGAAGUCAGAACCAGAGAAAAGCUCCGGCAGUGUAAGCCAGGCAGUAGUGGCUAAAAGCACGCUGAAACACUCUACCUUGUUGCGGGGCAAGAAAAAACUCUAAGUUCUGUCCAGUGGCGAGCAGUGCAAGAACAGAGCGCUCCUCCAACACUGAAGGAAGGGCACAGGAGGGAACAGCACGGCACUGAGCUCUUAGCCUUUGGCUCCGCUGAGCCCAGCAUGUGUUUACACCAGUUUAAAAUUGAACCUAGUUACCUCCAAGCAGCACAGCCUGCACUGGGCAUGAAAGGGCAGCAGUGGGCAGACUUGGGGCUGGCUGCUGCUCUCACCAAGUCAAGGCAUUACAGACUUGUUUAAGGGACAAGUGCUCUCAGUGCAAGGCUGGGGCCAUACCUGCUCAGUUCCACUCAAAUUCUUAUAUUUAGGCACAGUUAUUUAUAAGGGAACACAAGAAGCCAAAUAUAGUGAUGGAGGUUCUAAAUAAUUAUGUGCACUUUGCACUAGGAGACUUUGUUAGAUGAUUACUAAUAAAAUGCCCACAGGCAUUGUGGCAGAAGCGAUGCAGUUCCUCAUGUGUCCUUGUGAUUCUAAUUCUUACAGAUUAUUUAAGGCAACUUAUUUUAAACAUGUAAAAGUAAGACAUUUUGUAAUUAUUUGCAUUGACUUGCUGCUGUAUUCCCAUCAUAUUGAUUAAAUCAAUAAACCCAGAUGCUUCCAUGCAUGUCCAUUUUAUGUUAAGGAGAGGUGACUUUAGCAAGUCCUCUGAGUGUUUCCUAGACAGCUAAUGCUGGGCUGUUGUCUCUGAGGAAGGACUGAGACUGGACAGGAAUCAGAACAUCAUGAGUCAGUGUUGGAGAGUUCUCUUUCCUCCAAAGUUAACAGCUCUGUCAUUGCUCAUUAAGCAGGGUGAGCAGACACCUAUCUCAGCUUUCCAAACAUUAAAAAAAUUAAAUUUGUUUUUAUCUUUAUAAAGUAAUAACCUAGUUUCAUUCCAAACCCCAUGGUAUUGUCAGUUUCUCUCCAGAAUGAAGCAUACCUGUAAGCUGACUCAGAAGCUAACAGGUAUGUGGACCUCUUGUUACUAGUUCACAAGGUACCACUUUGGUCAAUCAGGUCAGAGGUCACACUGGCAUAUACUCUUCA